UACUACAGAGCACACGCGUUGCGAUGAACGCGUAGCAUUCGAAGGGGGGAGUAAGAGUGAGAUAGAGUGUAUGUGUGUGCGAGAGAGAGAAAGAGAGUAGGCAUUGCAUAACCAGCACAAGCAGUCCGAGCGAGUAAAACCAAGUAGCAAGACGUGCAGACGAUCGGACGUCGAUGGUCCCACAACCCUCGUUGUCAAUUACCCCCAGCGAACUCACUUCAUAAUUUCAAUUAUUAUUAUUAUUUUAUUCUUAUAAAUUCCUGUAAAUAAAAAGGACAAUUCCAAUUAACUUUAACUGACAAUUUCAGACUGAACAAUUUUUAGCCCCUCGCAUAUACACGCUGCUGUUCGUUGUCCAAAAGCAUGCAACAGUUGAUUAAGCUAUGAAUAAUAACUAGUGCAAUUAGUGUGUAAUACGAUGUGUAUUGUGGUAAGUGUUUUACCGGUCCCGGGGGUGGUAUGUGUGUGAAUGUUGGGCCUGUGAGGCCACCUGGAGGAUUAUAGUGCGAGAUGGGGCCUUCUAACGACGCCAUGGGAUCCCUUGCCAUCAUCCUCAUCCUCGUCGUCUCCACGAGCGCUCAACUCGAGGAUAUUGUUCAGAACCAGUUCGAAGCCGCUUUCCAAGGACGAUGCAAUCACGGCAGUCCCUGUAUGCAGCUCUGCUAUGAUCUGCACGAUGGGAUGUACGAGUGCGGAUGCAAAGCAGGAUUCCUGCUGCACGACGAUGGAUACAGUUGUUAUGAGAUGAAUUCGACGGCGACUCCACCGGACAGUUACAAUAUGAUUCUCAAUAAUAUGGAGGACGUUCUGUACCAGAAGGACGCAGAAUUCGAUGCGGAAUUGAGUUACGAAAACGGAACAGAACUCUACAAGCUGGUGUUCAAUAAUGGGACGGAGGGUACGACGCAAGGGCCCAGAUUGGAGCAGAAAUGGACGGAGGCGACGGCUGAGGGUCGCAUCCCGGCUACAGCUCCCAUCUCCACGGAGCGACCCUGUCCUUUGGAUUGUGGACCAGGGGGAGGAUGCACGAUCAGAGGUUCGGACCUUGAACCGAUCUGUCUCUGUCCUUUGGGUCGGGGCGGAGAUCGCUGCGAAAAGGAAAUGGAGAUCCGUUCGCCAAGGUUCACGGGGUCGAGCUGGUUGGCAUUCCCAGCACUGAGAGGUGCCUACAAGCACGUCCAGGUGACGCUCGAACUGCGACCGGAAGCUUACGACGGCAUUUUCUUCCUUACCGGAGAACGAGACGACAUGGCGGGCGACUUCAUGGCUCUACUCCUGCACCAGGGAUUCGUGGAGUUCCGAUUUGAUUGCGGUUCGGGUGUGGGAGUGGUGAGGUCGGAGGAAACGGUUCUACUGAACCAAUGGAACCACAUCACCCUGUACAGACACAGAUGGGAUGCGUGGGUCCAAUUGAAUGGAGGGAAGCACGUGCAGGGCCGAUCCAAAGGUCUCUUCUCUAGGAUUACGUUCCGAGAACCACUCUUCAUCGGAGGAGCAGGGAAUACCACAGGCCUCUCCGAAAAGUUACCGGUAUCAGGAGGACUGAAGGGCUGCAUCCGCCAUCUUGAGGUGAACGAUCACCUUUACAAGUUCGCCCUUGAUCCACAUGGAGAAGCUUCCAAAGGAUACGGAAUAGAGGAAUGCACAGCGGAUCGUUGCAGCCGUGUCCCAUGCCAGCACGGUGGCAAAUGCCUGACGAGUGAGGAAUCAGCGGUUUGUCUCUGUCCAUUGGGAUUCUCUGGAGAUCUGUGCGAGAUCCGCGUGGAUCUGCAGGUGCCAUCCUUCAACGGUUCCAGCCACCUCCGAUACAAGGGUUUAGGUGAAGACGCGCUUACAUGGCUGGACCUGGAGAUCACUCUGAAACCGACUGCGGCUGAUGGUCUUCUUCUGUACGACGGUCACCGGGCGGACGGCUACGGCGACUUCAUGGCCGUCUACCUAGUCGAAGGUUUUGUGGAGUUCGCCUAUGACCUCGGAACGGGCGCAGGACUUGCGAGAAGCCAACACCGAAUCAGCUUAGGAGAAUGGCACCAGAUACGCGUUUCGAGGACCGGCAGAUUGGCCAUCCUCGAAGUCGAUAAUCAACUGCCCGUCGAGGUGAUGUCACCUGGUGCUUUCACGCAACUCUCGCUUCCGCAGAACCUCUACCUAGGUGGAGUUCCAAAUUUCUCAGCUGUUUCACCCAAAGUUCGAGCUCGAUCCGCCUUCGUCGGUUGCAUACAAAAGGUGGUUAUGAAUGGAAGGCAGGUGCCUAUCCUUGCUGAAGCGUUGGGUGGAGCGAAUGUGGAUAACUGUCCUCAUCCGUGCGUGGCUAGACCUUGUGGAGAUGAUGGCGAAUGCAUCCCAGAGUUGGAUUACUUCACCUGCAAGUGUAGACCUGGAUACAGAGAUCAACUGUGCAGCCGUGGACCUCCAUCUUUCGGUGGUGUGGACAGCUACCUCCACUUCAACGAUCCAUCCACCCUCACAACACUCGUUUCUGAUCCUCUGGACAUCAACGUUCGCUUCAAGGUUUCGAGCUCCGAUGGUCUUCUGCUUUGGAUGGACUCCGGUUCCGGUGACUUCCUGUCUUUGGGUUUGGAAAGAGGAGCUCUAGUACUGCGUUACACCGUCCGAGCCGAAGAAAUCGUCGUCGUCCACAAUAGUUCCACCGUCCACGACAACCUCUGGCAUCGCGUCAGAGCCGUUAGAAACGGCGGAUCCGGAGUACUGGAGGUGGACAACGGGCCGACAUUGACGAGACAAUCCGUGGACGUGCCGCAACCUCGAGCCGCUCAGGAAGGUCUCUUCGUAGGCGGCAUUCCGGACGUAGGACUCAGCACAGGCGGAAGAUACGGAGAAGGCAUCAGAGGAUGCGUUGCCGACCUUGUCCUCAACACGGAUUACCGUCUGCAAUUAGUUGGUCACGAGGCUGCAAGUCGCAACGUCGGAGAGUGCGAUCUAUGAAUAAAACGAACUGAAGAAGAAAACACCGAAAUACGAUGGACCCUAUUAUAAACUAUGUGUGAUUUUUCAGAGGAUUAAACAUAAGGCUGAAUACUUCGAGCUAAACCUAAAAAUUUACCAAGAUACUAGUUAAUUGUGUGUAUAGCCCGGUUCCGUACGGGUGUCUAUAAGGAUUUGUGUUUAGGGGUACAUACAUACAUAUACAUAUAUAUAUAUAUAUUUGUAGAUAGACUAAGUCUAUUUCUGGAGAUUUAAGGAAUUACGCUUUUCUUUUCGGUACUUUAAUUGAUUCCUCGUUUUUCCUAUCACCAGAAUUGAAGAAGAAGAAGAAGAACAAAAAAAAGUCACACCUAUAAUGAACAGGUGAUCAAGGAGUUGAGGUGGCCGAGAGUCAGGAUCGAGCAGUCCUCUUAGCACAAGUACCUUGUCCCACUCAUAUCAUUUAAGUUUAGAACGAAAAGGUAAACAUAAAAUCGAUACACAUAAACUCUAAUUCACCUAUUAUAUAUAUACACACACGAACACUCACACACUGAAUCACUCACUUAAACACUCAAUCACCCAAAAGAUGGUGUGUUCAAUCUUCUUGCUGUAUCCUGAUUCUCCUAUAUUUCCAAUUUGCAAUAAGAGUAGGUACUUACUGGCAAAGUGUAAAAUUCAUAUUGUUACCAACGUAUGUAUAUGAAUACCUUAUUUGUACAGGUAGUCUAAUUUGUGUGUUAAAUGACAAAUCGCUUUUAAAUAAAUAUCUUUCAUUUCUUCCAUUCCAUUCAUCCGCAUCACGAGUAUCCACCGAACUGCCAAUAAAACGUUACAAUUAUUUAAUCACAUCGACUAUCACUUUCCCAAUUACUAACUAAAACUAACUUCAUACAAACGUAAUUUAUCCAAUAGUCAAAUUUAUAUU